AUGCACUGGAAUUAUGAAAUGAAAGCCAGCGUUCAAAUCACUUUCUUGCGGAGGGAAACAAGAAUUUCUGCAGCAGCCGCAUUAGCAGGAGGUACCGAAAGAGCACAAAAAGCGUUAACUGCCUCAUUUGCUCUAUUGAAUUUAGUACCGGAUUCUGAAGGAAGGAAUACGUGGAGACAAGUUGGAAGAAUAUUAGGGCGCAAUGUGAAGUUACAUACAAUAAUCUGGCCUGGUGGACGGCUCGUUGCUCAUGGACAAUCAGACGGUGCGCGGACAAUUUUUCGUAUAGUUACAGCUUUAGCACCACCGUUUGUAAUGGAAGGCGAACUUGAUGAAGACGGCCAAUGUCUUAGAGGUCUCCUAUGCCAUCGACCACAAACAUCUGAUAGAGAUAAUCUCACUCUUGCCUUUAACGAUUUAGAUAGAGACAGUGAUCAAGAAGAAACAGAUUUUUUUUUCCCUACACCCAAACCAAUGUUCUCACGCAUGGCCACGCAUUGCUGCUAUGGACUGGCUAUGGAUCUCCUUGAAAAUAUUGCACAAGAACUUGAAUUUGAUUUUCAUCUGUAUAUAGUUGAAGAUGGUUUGUACGGCUCGCGAAGACUUGUUAAACCAUUUCGUAAAUUGAGCGAAUAUAGAAGUGUUGCUAAUGAAUUCCUUUUCAAUCAACAAAGCUACCGAUCACAAUACCGUAAUGGGUUGGGUAUUAAUGAAGAAUAUAAGUAUGAUGAAAAUUCCGACGAAGACCCAGAGAAAUGGAAUGGUAUAAUUGGGGAUUUAGUUUCAGGGGCAGCUCACAUGUCCUUCGCUGCUCUCAGUGUAUCAACAGCCAGAGCAGAAGUUAUUGAUUAUAGCCAACCUUAUUUUUUUAGUGGAGUUUCAAUAUUAGCUGCACCCAAUCAGAGGCCUGAUAUACCGCUACUGGCUUUUCUUUUACCAUUUUCACCCGAGCUUUGGAUCGCCAUAUUUACAUCUUUGAAUGUGACAGCCAUAGCAGUCGCAAUAUACGAAUGGUUAUCCCCAUUUGGACUAAAUCCUUGGGGGAGACAGAGAUCUAAAAACUUUAGUAUUUCUAGUGCUCUUUGGGUAAUGUGGGGUCUUUUAUGUGGUCAUCUUGUUGCAUUUAAGGCUCCGAAAAGUUGGCCUAACAAGUUCCUUAUCAAUGUUUGGGGUGGUUUUUCUGUGAUAUUUGUUGCCAGUUAUACUGCCAACAUUGCCGCACUUAUAGCCGGACUAUUUUUCCAUAAUGCUGUUGAUGAUUAUCAAGGAAGGAGUAAUUGGCUUUCUCUCCGUGUUGGGACAGCCAGGUCGUCGGUGUCGGAGUAUUAUGUCCAACGGAAUAAUCCACAGCUGGCGCAGCAAAUGCGCCGUUACGCGCUCCAAGACAUUGAGGAAGGCAUCCAGAGGCUUAGAAAUGGAACAUUGGACCUUUUAAUAGCCGAUACCCCUGUUUUGGACUACUAUCGUGCUACUGACCAUGGGUGUAAACUUCAAAGAGUAGGAGAUCAUGCACUUGCUGAGGACACUUACGCAGUUGGUAUGGCCAAAGGAUUUCCACUAAGGGAUAGCAUAUCCGCUGUUAUCGCUAAAUAUUCGUCGAAUGGUUACAUGGAUAUAUUAACUGAGAAGUGGUAUGGAGGUUUACCUUGUUUUAAAUUGAGCCCUGAUUAUGGAAUUCAACCAAAGCCACUCGCUUACGACAGGAGGUUUGGUUUGUUUCAGAAGGAACACGAACAGCGUAGACGAAGAAAGAGUAAAGCGCAAUUAUAUGAAAUGAUCCAGGCUAUCAGAAGGGUUCAACAGCGGGAUCACUCGCUGGGUUCCAUCAAAGAACAGGAAACGGUAGAAACUACUGAAACUGUUUCAGAGGAAUUAACAGAGUCCAAAUUCUUAUCGCCAUCUCCUGAAGUCUCCGCGCGAUCUCCCCGUCCAGGCCGUUCACCUAGACAACUUCGCUCCCCAAGAGGACGUCGGAAAAGAUGCAGCUUAGCCGGACUGAAUGUGAGAAGAUUCAGUACGGAUUCAGUAUUAGGAUCAGAUUCGGUGUCUAACAUCUACGAAAGAACCAGUUUGAAUAUAGGAAGAAGACUCAGCAGGGACGUAAAUUGUCUGUCUAGUUCCCCUCCUGACAUAAAUAGUCGCUUACGCACACCGUCGCCUAUGGUUCGACGAGCUGAAGGAUCUUCUACGAGGAGUUAUCAAGAUGUUUCAGAUAGAUCGGAGAGUUAUUUAUGUUCUGAUGCACCAAUAUCAAGAGCCAGUGUUGAGAUUUUAGUUUCAGAAGAGCGAGAGCUUCCCCCUGCCCCACCAUAUCCCAGAAUGUCACCUACGGGGGCGAGAUCAAAACUAUCUAUGUUGUCUGAAGAAGAACUUAUAAAACUUUGGCGAAGUUCGGAAAGAGAGGUUCGCGAAGCAUUAUUAGCUGCUUUGCAGGAGAGACGGGCUAACUUUGAUCCGAAAGAAGAUCCGGGAUGA